AUGGCAGACUUGUACGGUAGCAGCAACGGCAACAACAACAACAUCAACAAUAGCAGCAACAGCCGCAACGGCAACAAUAACAACGACAACCUUGGACGUCAUCUCCGACCCGAGAGACCACCGACUGCCGCCGCCGCCGCCGUCACCACCACCACCACCACCAUAACCUCAAACCCGAGUACAACCACAGACCUGGCAGCCGCCGCCGCAGCUACCACCGUGACAGCCUCCUCAGCCUCGGGAGCCGCAGCCCCGGCAGCCUCGUCGUCCGUAUCUCCGAAACCGACCAAGCGGUCCUCGGCAACCACAUGCGUCACCUGCCGCGCUCGUAAGGUCCGCUGCGACGGCCGCCGCGACGUCUGCAGCAACUGCGAGCGCCUCGGCUUCUCAUGCACCUACGAGGACCCGACCUCCGAAGCCAACGGCCUCGCCGCCGCCCCGGCCUUCCCCCUGCCGAGACGCCGCGUCCGCCAGGCCUGCCAGAGCUGCCAUUCCCGGAAGGCUCGGUGUAGCGGCCACACCCCGGCCUGCGAUCGCUGUCGCGCUCAGGGUAUCGAGUGCGUCUACCGGGUCUCCAAGCGGACACGGCUGAGCAUCAACCCUCCCGCCAGCCGCAGCGAUCACGCCGUGAGAUCGCCGACCUCGUCGACCUCGGCUGCUGCCACCAGUCGCGACCACCAAACCCGUCGCUCGCUGUCGAGGGAUGAUGCGGCCCAUGAUUCCGACGCUGUCGGCGCGGAUGCCGUUGCCUCCAACACACCGAGCACGUUCAAUCGUGAUCUGUCCGCCCCUGAUCCCCAGUUCGAGUCUCUCAUCAGCCGGGCUCUGGACAACUUCUUCCGCCAUGUUCACCACAUCCCCAUGCUAUCCUUCCUCCACCGAGCCUCCCUCAUGCAGAGGCAUCACGUCGGCGGCCUGGACCGUCCGCUGCUGCUCGCCCUCAUCGGCAUCACCAGCCUGCUGACCGACUUGGGCCCGGGCACGAGUGAUUACGGCGAAAAGUGCGUCGACGAGUCCGAGUCCCUGAUCCUCAAGAGCCUCGAGAACGCCUCCACCAUCAAGGUCCAGACCCUCGCCCUCAUCAUCAAGUACCGCAUCUUGACCCGUCGCUUCUCGAGCGCCUUCAUGCUCGCCGCCACCGCGGCGCGAUUCGCCACGGCCCUCCGGCUCAACUACGAGAACCCGGACCUCUGCUUCCUCGCCCAGGAGUCGAGACGACGCCUCAUGUGGGCGCUGUUCAUGAUCGACCAAGGCAUGGCCGGCGGGUAUCGGGACCUCACCCUGUGGACGCCCGAGACCAUCCACAUUUCGCUCCCGUGCAACGAGAGAGACUUCGAGUUCGACCUUGCCCCGCCGUCGUUGCGACCGCUGGUCCCGGGCCCGGAUGAGUCUGAGAACGACGACAUCGGCAGCCUGGCACUCCACGUGCGCAUCCUCUGGCUCCGUGGCAGAAUCCUCAAGUUCGCCAAGAGGGCCUCGAACUGUUCCCAUGACGACCUCGAUCGGCUCAAGGAGCAGCUGCAGUCGUUCGCCGAGGAGCUCUCCGACUUCGCCGAGCGGUUGCCCGUGUCGUUCCGCUGGUCCGACAACAGCCUGCGGCUGAGGGCGUACUCGCCCCGUCUCUGCGUCUUCAUCAUGAUCCACGUCUGGUGGCGGCAGUGCAAUUGCGACCUCUUCAGGAUAGGUCUGGUUGGUCUCCGCGAUUCCGUGUCUCGGUCGGCCGCGGAACGGCUGGGGCCCGAAUUCAUCGCCGGAUGCCAACGGCAAUGCUUCCAACACGCCAUGGAAAUGUCAAACAUGUUCACCUCCAUCAAGCAACUGGACCACUACCCCGUCGCGGACUUGGACAUGCCCGUCUGCGCCUACCAGUGCAUCCGGAUGCUGUAUUACAUCUACCACCUCAACGCGGAAGAGUAUGGUCUCACGCCGGACAUCCUCCGCAAGAAGGCCACCGUCUGCCUCGACGUGACCAAGGGAUGCUGUUCAGGAACGGCAGCAGUCUCGAUCCAAGCCGACUUGCAGAGGCUCAUGGAUCACGGGCUGUCGAUACAGGCCACCCCGAGCCGGCUGCUCAGCGAGGAGCCACAGGACGAGAGGAACGGCAACGGGGCCAAGCGUAUCCGCCUCAGCCGCGCGAAACAGGUGCAGUUGGUCGAGGAUCCCGACAGCGGCGCGCCCGCCGCCGACGAGCUCACGAACCGACCGUUCGGCAUCGGCGCGUGGGAAGACAUACAGGUGCCCGAGGCCGAGAAGCCGGUCGAGCAGGUUCCCGCGCCCCCGCAACAGCCCACGGCGCUUGGCUCGCUCGAAGUCAACAACGCCUUUGAGGGCGCCCUCGACAGCCUGGACUUCAACAUGGAGCCCAUGGGCCUGGACUCUCUCGCAUGGUUCUCCAACGAAUGGGCACAGGGAGACUUCCAGGGCGAGUUUUGA